AUUAGUUGGUUUGUUAAUGUAAAGAGGAAACAGAAGAUGUCAAAGAACGUAUUUGAUUUAUUGGCUCGAAUUAACUAGUCGAUGAUUUGUUUUCUUUUUUUUAUACAUUUCAUGAAGUUUUAUAUAGAUUUACUUUUCUUUCCUAACUAAAAAGAACAGACCAUUGAUUCCAGAGCCGAUCGAGUCAACAAAUCGAAUAUAUGCUAAAGAGAUGAAAAGAGAUUGCUGUGGUUUAUUGUGUCUUUUUAGAAAAGAAUUCGAAGAAUUACGUUACUAAUUUAAUCAGGGUGUAUCAGACUCGUUAAAUUCGUCCCUUCAUAAAUUGUUAGAUUUAAGUAAAUAGUGAGCUAAAGUGUAUUUGCCAAUUUAAUAUUAUUUCCAUUUGUUCUCUCGGGUCAGAUAAAACGGUGUAAAGUUUUCCAGGCUUAUGAAAGUCGAUUAGUUAAUGCGAAUGUUAUAUUAUAACCUGUAAAUUAACUUUCACAAGUAUGUCGGGUACAUUAAAGCCCUAUUUGACAGCAGUUAGACGUACACUUACUGCCGCUAUGUGCCUGGAAAACUUCUCCUCUCAAAUUGUAGAAAAACACAACAAGCCGGAAGUAGAAGUACGGGCAAGCAAAGAAUUACUUUUAACACCCAUCUUGAUAAGUAGAAAUGACAAGGAAAAAGUCUUGAUCGAAUCCAGUAUAAAUAGUAUGAGAAUAAGUAUUGCUGUGAAACAAGCUGAUGAUCUAGAAAAGAUUCUUUGUCACAAUUUUACAAGAUUUAUGACAAUGAGGGCUGAACAUUUUAUGAUUCUCAGGAGAAAACCAGUAGAAGGUUACGAUAUUAGUUUUUUAAUUACUAAUAUUCAUGUAGAACAAAUGUAUAAACACAAGAUAGUAGAUUUUGUUAUUCAUUUUAUGGAAGAAAUUGAUAGAGAAAUAAGUGAAAUGAAAUUGUCAGUUAAUGCUAGAGCACGUAUAUGCGCAGAGGAAUUCCUAAAAAGAUUUUAAUUCAUUUAUUAUCGACUUUCCAAGGUAUCUAUUGGAAGAAAUUAUAAUAAAGGAUAUACACAAUAGUAUUGUUCAAUGGGUCGUACAAUUUUUGGUAAUUUGAAC